UGUCUGCAGCAGUCAGAAAUAUUAGCUCUCGUUGUUUCAUAUAAAUUCAGUGAUUCGUAAUAAUUAAAUUAGAUAUUUCAUGGUUUUAUUCACGUCACUUCAGUGAAUUGUGGGUCAAAGUAUAUAUUUCAAGUACUAAUCCAAGAACACCACCAGAUGUACAUGUAAUUCGUGUAUUAUUUACGAAAAAUGUAGUGCAAAAGUAUACAUAACGAUGUCUUUAUAUACACUGGGGUUUUGAUUCCACUGAAAUAUUCCAAUAACAAUCAGCCAUCAAUUAGCCAAAUGCUUUCAAGUACAAUCAAGGUGAAAUUAUUAGAAACAUCUGCCAAUCUGUGUGUUCAUCAUGAAGCAGUUAGCAGCAUGGUAUCAGAAAAAAAUAAGUUCAUACGACAAAGAGGAAUGGGAGACGAUGGUGGAACAGCUUCUGAUGCGCGGCACCUACCGCCGGCGCAUCGUCGACUUCUCCUCGCAUGCCCGCUCCUAUCUCAUUGAUGUGGACUUAGUCAGAGGUUCGUCGUUUCCUAAAGCUAAGCCCACACUGAGCAUGCGUCGUGUGAUAUGGUACGCUCUAGUCCGACUGUUGUUCCUACCGGCGUUGUACCAGUGGUGGACUCAGCAGACGUCGCCGGCUUGCGCCAAGUUUCUCCUCACGCUGUGGCUGAUGCAAGUCCUCAAUAUGACCAUAUACUUUAUGACGCCCGACAUGGUGGAUAGUGAUCCUAACUGUUGGUUAGUACCGCUAGGACUAAUGUUGGUACUUAGUAUAGUACACUCACAAAUAGUCAGCACUACUGAGAUGGAACUCGCAAGGGUACGACCUCGGGCCACCUACCGACGCAAAUUACCGCGAUAUUUCAGGCGCCCUAGAUCUGAAUGCGACGGUGGCAGCGGGGGCGGUUCGGCCGAAAGCGGCGCCACCUCGAGUCAGAGCAAGACACCCACUUCUAAACCCGCCAAGUUUCGACGACGACAAUCACGCACUGAAAUCGCUGAGAAUGGACUGAGAAAACGCAAGAAGGAAUUAACAAAAGAGAAUCUAAUCAAAAACUUAGAGCCCGUUAAAAACAAAGCACUGAUAAAAGUUAAAGCGAAGGAUUCUGACGAUGAAGACUACAUGGUUUGGAAAAAGCCUGAUUUGACGGCACCUAUAGUGACGUUUACACCUCCGCCUGACGACGCUACUCCUAGCACCUCCUUUAGAUAUAAGCCUAAUGUGCUAACAAAAAAACAACUGGAAUCUUUCAAUGUCAGACAAAACCAGCAAGCACAUAUUUCAAGAGCACUAGCCGACGGAGACGACGGCUUCGAAAGCCUGAAUGGGUACAAUUCUAACGGCAGCGAAGGUGAAAGGGUUAAAAAUGAGACUGAAAAUCUAUUACAAAAAGAAAGAACAAGCUCUAAAGAAGAAAAGAUAAAAGUUGCAGAAAAAAUCGGUUCUGAUGCGCAAUUAGGUGAUUCGGAAGUUAUCACCAAAAAUGACGGUCCAAAAAUUAUUGAAGUUACUGAAGAAUUAGUCGAAUCGCAAAUAUUGAAGAAAGACGAUGAUGAUGAUGAUAAAUCCGACGCGGAUUCUGAUGGGGUAGCUCCCACGAGUAGCCCAAGUACCGGCAAAAGAGUUGGUGUUCGGUUUAGAAGUAAUUGGGCUCAAGAUGGUAUACGUAUGGCAGAUUCUAGCGAUGAAGAUUUUACGGUUAACAAGAAGAAAGAAAAGAAAUUAGACAAUUACCAGUCAUCGUCAUCCGACGGGGAAUGCUCGGCGUCCGCUCCAUCCAUCGCCCUACCAUCCCACCAUACCAUGUCCGAUUGGGUUGGCCAAACUACUAACAGUAAGCAUCAAUUAUGUGAAGAAAGCAGUUACUGUUCUCAAUCAGAAGGCGGACAUUCAGAUGUGGGCUUUCCGUACACCGCUGAUAGUUCAUGGGAUCCAUUUGCGAUCCUCGACCCUACUAGCGAUACAGUAAAAUGUACGAUGUGGGAGCGCGGAUCGACUCUCCGCGCGGAGCUGUCCGCGGUCGACAUCAGUUGGUACGUGGUGGCCCGCGCGGAACGUGUCAUGGCGGCCGACGGGUGUCUGUGGGCCGGUCUUGCUAUGGCCGCUGCAGUGGCUCUUAUUAAACCUAUCAUACGGUUUGCUCAGGUGGCUGCAGAACAAGAUAGCAGAACGGAAGAGGAACUCCAAGCACUGUCCGUUCUAACUUACUUCCCGACGCUAAUGGCUAGCUACAAGGGAUCGCUGAUCUCGGUCUUCAACGGUGCUUUUGGUGACAAUAUCUGGCUAAUAUCAACGAACCUACUAUCAUGUAUGCUCCGCUUCGCUCUAGGAGCGCUAGUAUUUUUCCUUCUUGCCGUAGCGGAGCGAGCGUUCAAACAACGGUUUCUGUACGCAAAACUCUUUUCGCAUCUGACGUCAGCGCGGCGAGCGAGAAAAUCUGAACUGCCGCACUUUAGACUCAAUACUGUGAGGAACAUCAAGACUUGGCUUUCUACGAGGUCUUAUUUACGACGGCGGGGUCCGCAGCGAUCCGUGGAAGUCAUCGUGUCAGCUGCAUUCAUGCUUAUCGUUGUUUUACUCGGCUGCGUGAGCACACAUCUGUUAAGAUUCAACAAUACGCAGGACUCGGUGACGUUGGAAAGCGGUUGGCUGCUCGAAGUGUUACUAUGGAGUUUCUGCAUCGGUAUAUACCUCCUUCGACUGGGAACUUUAGGAAGCAAUGUAAACAAGAAGUAUAGAGGUUGCUUGUCUGCAAUACUGACUGAACAGAUAAACUUGCAUCUGGCAAUAGAACAGAGACCUGAGAGUAAGGAACAACUUACUGUUGCUAAUAAUGUACUGAAAUUGGCUGCUGAUUUACUAAAGGAAUUGGAUGCGCCAUUCAAAAUAUCGGCUUUAUGCGCGAAUCACUAUUUAUACACAAUCACUAAAGUGGUGAUACUGUCUGCGUUAUCCGGGGUCCUAUCAGAAAUGUUAGGCUUCAAACUAAAACUACACAAAAUUAAAAUCAAGUAAAACCUGUUGGUUAUUACUCUUCGACACAAAGUAAUAACUGACAACUAGUCUGAAAGGCCAUUUAGUUGUACGACAUUUUCUUUUCAUGCAAUCAUCACCGUUUAUUCUUUUGAAAAGAAAGCAAUAUUUAGAUAAUAAUUUCGAGGAAGCUACUUCAUAAUAAUUUCUAACAAUGAUGUGUACUGUAUAUAAUCUGUACUGAUGUGCCAAAAGAAGACUUAUAAUCGUUAAUUUUAACCUUUACGUACAAGCAAAUUUUCUUUGCAUAAAACUUCCUUGAACCUGAGAACAGUAGUAACGUUGAGAUCUAAAAGAAAGUAGCAAUCGUUCCAAAUUGCUGUUUACUUCAUGUAUAAUCUUUAGACUGCAAUCCUGUUCCGAGAAGCACCGAUGACACUUUUAUAAACUUGAUAAAGAAAAUGAUAAAUCUUUUCCUCAUUAAAAUAUGACGCUACUUUUGUUAUGAUCUCAUUUUAAUUCAUAGUAAUUAUUUUGUCUAUGAGCUUCUAGUUAAUCCUGCAAAAAAAGCUGAAACUGUUUUGUAUAUUAUGUGUAACUUCACACUAGAUGAAGGUGAUUUUAUAUAACAACAUUAUUAUGUAUAGGGGUAAACCUUCAUUAUGAACUAUAGAAUAAGUCACGUGAUGUUAUAGUUACAACGUUGAAUGUGCGGUGUGUAUAGACUGCAAUUUGAAUGGCGGGUAGAAAAAUAUUGAAAUUUAUAAAUAAUAUAGAAAUGUAUAGCAAUAUCACCGCUAUUUUGGUGAUGGGAGGCUAAGUAGUGAUAGCAAAAUAUACCUACAAAUUAUGUUUAUCAAAUAAUGUUAUCUAUUAGCAAAUCCGAAGUAAAUAUAUUACUGUGAACUUAUUUACAAAUUGCAUGCAUGUGAAGACAGCAUUGUAUGUACAUACUACUUAUACUAUUUUAAUCAUGUUAAGUAAAAUGAAGUAGAAAAUGGGUAUUAUUUAUAUUCAUUAGUGUUUAGUUAAAAUGCCAUUAUUUUUAUACGUACCUUAUAAUUUUGUACCCUACUCUAUGUUCCUAAUGUAAUGAGCUCUUUAAAUUCACAAAAAGACAUAAUUAGCAGUAAUGAUUUUGUACUAGUUCAAUAAGUAGAAAUUGGCUGUCCCAUGUAGUGUUUAUUUUUUCAUUAGAACAAUACGUCAUCCUAUACAAUUCAAAGCCUUAAAUUCUAGUAUGUAGUUAGUUUACUUUAAAGAUUCUCUCGACUUAAAUCUCUCGACUGCUAUCAAACAUAAGUUUAGUCUUAGUCUGCAUAAUUAUGUAAUUUGUAAAAGAAACAACGUAGGUGCUUUCUUACAUUGAUUGCUGACAGGUAUUUUUCAAAUACCAAAUAAUUAUUGUAGUUACAAUUAGUUUUAAGUAACUACAAAUGUGAGCAUGAAAUGCUACACAAUAAGGCAAAGAAAAUAAAUAAAUUAUACCUACUAAA